ACAAUGCCCGCCAAGCAUAGCAAAUAGCAAUUGCUCAUCAAUCGUAGCUUAAUUAAUCUUAGCUCCCUGUACUCGUGCUGCAAAAAAUGGUUAAGUUGGCUCUUGGCAGCAUUGGUGACUCUCUAAGUGUUGGGUCACUGAAGGCUUAUCUGGCUGAGUUCAUUGCCACCCUUCUCUUUGUCUUUGCUGGUGUUGGAUCUGCAUUAGCUUACAAUAAGCUCACAUCGGAUGCAGCCUUGGAUCCGGCAGGGCUGGUGGCUGUUGCCGUGGCCCAUGCAUUGGCGCUCUUCGUGGGGGUGUCCAUGGCAGCCAACAUCUCCGGCGGCCACCUCAAUCCAGCCGUCACCUUUGGUUUGGCCAUCGGCGGCAACAUCACCAUCCUCACCGGCGUCUUCUACUGGAUUGCUCAAGUUUUCGGCUCCAUUGUCGCUUGUCUACUCCUUGAGUUCGUCACCAACGGCAUGAGCGUUCCAACGCACGCGGUGGCUACGGGGAUGAGCAAAUUGGAGGGGGUGGUGAUGGAAAUAGUCAUCACUUUUGGUCUGGUUUACACAGUCUACGCCACGGCUGCAGACCCCAAGAAGGGCUCGCUCGGAACCAUUGCUCCCAUAGCAAUUGGGUUCAUCGUUGGUGCCAACAUUUUGGCCGCCGGUCCAUUCAGUGGUGGCUCGAUGAACCCGGCUCGGUCAUCUGGGCCAGCGGUGGUCGCGGGAGACUUCUCGGAGAUAUGGAUCUACUGGGUCGGCCCGCUUAUUGGUGGAGGGUUGGCUGGCUUGAUAUAUGGUGACAUCUUCAUUGGGUCACACGACCCGAUCCCAGCCUCCGAUGCCUAUCCUUAAGGGGAGGAACUAUGUUUUCAAUUGUCAAAACGUUUGUCUUGUGUUUUAAGGCGUGAUUGUGGUCGUUGCAAGUGAAUAUGAUUUGUUACUUUUGCCCCUUGAUGAAA